AUGACAUCACUCAAUAACCCAUCCGCCCUAGGCAAGUACAAGCACGGAGAUGGGGAUGCACGCAAGAUCUUAUUGCUUGGGUCCGGCUACGUAGCCAGACCUUGCGCAGAAUACAUCGUCCGCGACUCGAAGAAUCAGCUGACAAUUGCUUGCCGAACGCUCUCCAGCGCCGAAGCACUCGCGUCAGGUCUGCUAAACACGUCGGCUAUCCAGCUCGAUGCAUCCGACGCAGCGGUGCUCGAGGCCGAGGUCGCGAAGUACGACCUCGUCGUGUCUCUUAUCCCGUAUACAUUCCAUGCCGACGUCAUCAAGGCUGCAAUCAAAGCAAAAGUACACGUCGUGACGACGAGCUACGUCUCGCCCGCCAUGCGAGCGCUCGACGCAGAAGCGAAGGCGGCGGGCAUCGUCGUGAUGAACGAGAUAGGCGUCGAUCCGGGAAUCGAUCACCUGUACGCGAUCAAGACGAUCGGAGAAGUGCACGCGAAGGGCGGAAAGAUCAAAGCGUUCACCUCGUAUUGUGGAGGCCUCCCCGCACCCGAAGCCGCCACGAACCCGCUCGGAUACAAGUUCUCAUGGUCCGCGCGCGGGAUGAUCCUCGGGCUGCUCAACCCAGCCUCUUACCUCUCGAACGGCAAACAGGUAGACGUUCCCGGAGAGGAAGUCAUGGCCAAUGCUAGACCCUAUCACAUUUCUCCCGCAUUUUCGUUCGUCGCGUAUCCGAACCGGAACUCAGUCCCGUUCCGCGAGUUCUACGGGAUUCCCGAGGCCGAGACGGUCGCUCGUGGCUCGCUGAGGUACAAAGGAUUCCCGGAGUAUAUCACCGCCUUGGUGAAGAUAGGUUGGAUAGAUGUUCAAGAGAAGGAGUGGCUGAAGGAUGGGAUGAGCUGGGCCAAGGUGACGCAGAAGGCAAUAAACUCAAACAACGCGUCGGAGAGUACGCUUGUCCAGCGCAUCAAGGAACUUUGUGCGUUCCCGAAUGAAGCGGAGGCGGAAAGGGUCAUUUCCGGCUUCAAAUGGAUCGGGUUGUUUUCGGACGAAAAGGCGACCGUGCGAGGGGGCAACUUGCUCGACACACUCUGCGCGCGGCUGGAAGUGCUGAUGAAGUACGAAGAAAACGAGCGAGACCUAGUCAUGUUGCAGCACCGUUUUGAGGUAGAGUGGAACGACGGGAGCAAGCAAACGCUGACGUCGACGCUAGAGGCGUACGGCGAACCGGGCGGACAUUCUGCGAUGGCCCGUCUCGUCGGUAUCCCGUGCGGCAUCGCAGUACAGUUCGUCCUAGAUGGCGUCAUUUCCACUCCUGGUGUACAUGCGCCAUACACGAAGGAGCUGUGCGACCCGCUUCGUGCAGCCGUCGAAGCAGAGGGACUCGGUAUGGCGGAGGGUGUGCUCUAACGUUGCGUGUAUGGGUGCUAAAAGAAAUUGAAAGGGAAAACAGACUCACAGAUGUCUCAUGGAUACAAGCCUUGGCUGCGAUGUAGCUGUCCGUUCAGAU